UGCACUUUGGCGCCCCCUUUCGGCCAGGCGUCCUCACACACAGCGGCAUCAUCAUGGAGGAAAAGCGGACGUCUGGAGCCGAUUGACGUGGGGAGAGACACGAAGCCGCACGUCGCCUGCUUUUACGGCCUUUGAAAGAUUAAAAACGGUCAUCCCCCAGCAGCAGGUCCAUUGAAGAAGACACCAGGCAUCAUGAAGCACUUCCUGAGAAUGUUGACCCAGUUCUUUGUGUUCCUCUACUGCAAAUGUCUGUGGCGAGGCCUCAAGUUUGUGGCACGUAAGUUUACGGGACGCUGCGAGCUACAGCGGAUUUGCUACAACAACAAACAUGGUGCCCGCAGGACGCUCAAGAUUGAGUCAUCUUUGAAGUACUCCAAAAAUGAACUGCUGCAGUCUGCCCUCAGCGCUCAUCCUGACAAAGUAGAGAAAAUCAUUGACGACAUCAUGGCCCUGAAGAAGAUCAACCCCGAUACCAAUCCUCAGUUGGGCAUCUCCCUUCAGGCCAGCCUGUUACAAAUUGUAGGCUACAGGAACUUAGUGGCCGACGUGGAGAAGCUUCGACGGGAGCCUUACGACUGUGACAACGCACAACACGAGGACAUGCUGAUGAAGUUGUGGAAGGAGCUGCGUCCCGACACCCCGCUGACCGGACGUAUUUCCAAGCAGUGGUGUGAGAUUGGAUUCCAAGGCAGCGAUCCCAAGACAGACUUCCGAGGGAUGGGCCUGCUGGGUCUCUACAAUCUGCUCUACUUUGCUGAACAUGACAAGGCUGCAGCUCUGCAGAUGCUCCAUGACUCCCUGCUGCCCAAGCACAAGAGUGCGCAAGGGAGUCGCAGUGAGGCAAACGCAUCAGAAUGUGAACCCCCGAAUGUCGACAAAGCCAUCGGUUAUUCCUUUGCCAUCGUGGGCAUCAACAUCACAGACCUGGCCUACUCGCUGCUGGUGAGCGGCGCCCUGAAGACACACCUGUACAACGUGGCCCCCGAAAUGGCCACCCUGCCGCACCUCCAGCAGACCUUCUGUUACCUGAUGCAGGAGUUCCAUCGCUUCUGGAUCGAAGAGGACCCCAGCGACAUCAUGGAGUUCAACCGCGUGCGUGCCAAGUUCCACCGGCGAGUCGUGAGGCAGCUGCGCGACCCCGAUGCGGCGCUGUGCCCCCGCUUCUCUGCCUCCGACCUCCACUUGGUCAACCUCUAGGCGCGGCUCCACCCCCCCUCACUUCCGACUGCAACCCCACCGCACCCCACCAUCGGAUGUCCCGGUAGGCCCGUCUGUAAAAAUGCUCGGGCGAAUGCCGGUGGCUUAUUCUUGAUUUGAUGAUUAAUACUUCAGUUAUCGAUAUUAUGAAGAAAUACUGUGUUGAUGGGAUGUUAAAAAAAAAGAAAACUGAAUGUUUCAUAAUACGCCCCCCCCCCAUUACCCAGAUGACAGUUUUACACAUCUUGGUAUUUUCUCAGUCAGCUUUUUGAUGUGGAGAUCCUUCAUGACUUGGAAUGACUUUUAGUUCAUAGUUAUGCAUUAUCAAGAGUUACAACAUGAAUGUGUUGCCCUCUUAACGUGUUUGAGACUCGCGCUCGCUCUCUCUCUAUCUCCACCCCCCCACACACACACCACCAGCGUCAGACAUCACCCUUGUGAUUGUCGCACCAUCGUCGUGUCACUUGUACUUUAAUGAUUGUUUGGCACUCCUUACCAGAGGCGGUGCUCUGCUGUUAUUAGGUCACAUGACCUAAACCGACUCAGUCUUGAGUCGCCGAUUGGCUAAAACUCUUCAAAUAUCCUGACUUUGACUUGGUGUUCAUGAGACUUCACUUGUCCUAAACUGCCGCGAACCCCUGCAUAUUCACAAUCUGGCAUUUUCAUUCAUCUGUCGUUUGCUGGGAAAAAAACGCUAUUUUUGCGCACUAAAACUAUUGCUUUGGUGUCAAGUGAAUCGAAGCAUUUAAUUUAGGCGACGGUAGGUAUUUGCCGCCAACUUAGUGUCAAGAAAGUACUGUACUCUACAAUGAAGUAAAUUGAAGCGUGUAAUUUGGACAGUAAUAGUGCUUUGCUGCCCUCUGGUGGCAUCCUGCUACCAAGCAACUCCGGUAAUUUGAAGUGACUUGACGGCAAGAGUCGCUGACAUUUUGUGGUAGUAAAAAUAAAUGACAUGUACAUACAUCACCUCAUUGCCAAUAUUUUGAAUGUGUAUGUUUGAAGUGGUGUCUUUAUAGCAUUAGAAUGCUUCUCGUUCGCCUUUAUUUACGCAAUGAAAACGACACUUUCUAUCAUGAAUGUUUCUCACACAGGAUUGUUUCUGUUUCCAUCCACGGAAUGUGACACUUUUAACCGCCAUCAGCCAAAGCAAUAAUUCCGACUACUUCGAUGUAGACAAGUUGCAAUGUGCUUGUUUGAUGUUUUUUUUUUUUUAAUUCGCUUAUGGCUUUAGUCGUGCUCCGUUUACAGCUUAGCUACAUUUAGAAAAUAUUACGUGAUAACUGAAGGUGGGAAGCAAAAUAAAACUGCAGCGAUGAGCAGUCAGUCGAUGGAGCGGUAGGGCAAAAAAAAAAAAAAAAAGAAACGAUGAUGAACGUUGUACUGUCACCGCGAGCUUUGAGCCACACGCUGCUUCACCAAGAGACUUUCUGUGAUAUCAACCAUUUGCUUUGUUUACGACCCCGUUCAGCAGCACUGUUUGCCUUUUGACGUUUUCUUGCCUGUACUCUUAAGUGGAGUCUCACUGCUUUAUUGAUGAUAUCCUUCUAAAUGUUCUGAGUAGGUAUUGUAACACUGUGCUUCAUUUGUCUGUGCUGUGCGACACAAAUCAAUAAUAAUAAAUAAAAAAACCCAGACA